AUGGCGAUUGAAGAACAGUUCAUCUUACUUUCGCUUGGCCUCGUCACGAUUGCCGUACGGGUCGCCCUACGGUGGCAGCAGGUCGGGCCCUCUGGCUGGCAGUUGGAUGACUACCUGAUGCCGCUGACAGGGCUGCUCUGGGGGGUGAACAUUGGUUUGAGGCGACGUCUCACGCUCAUGCUCUUGUUCAGCGGCGCCAUUUUUGUUAUCAUGGCCGGCACAAUACGAGCCGUUGUGAUUAUGACAUCCGGUCCAGAAGGCGCUCUUGCAGGCAGCUCAUGGGCAUGUCGUGAGACCUUCGUUGCCAUUAUCGUAUCGAACCUGCCAAUCCUGCAGCCGCUGAUGCGCAGAGGCGCAAACAAAAUUGGGCUGAGCGGGCUGUUUAGUAGAUCGUCACCGACCCGUGGCGAAAGUUACCAACUAAACAAUGACGACAACGGGGCCAGCGGAAGCAUGUUCGACACAAGGCAGAAACAACACGGCUCGCGUCGUCAUCCCCUGUCCAACUCGCAGACGACAGCAUGGGGUAGUGAGGAACGUAUUAUGGGCGCGGGCAUACCUAGGGAGAGCGCAACAAACAAAGACGGCGGGAUCGUUGUUGCGCAAGAGAUUUCCGUUGAGUCGGAACGCAUGUCUGCUGCAGAUUCGAGUACAGCCGACCCGGCGCACAACGACUGGGGAUUCAAGACUUUGGCGAGAAAUGAACACGGGCGGUGA